AUGGACGUUUUGUACACCCUGUUGACUUUCAUAGCCUUCUCUUUUCUUGGUCUCUUCAUAGCUUUGUGUUUCAUCAUGCUAACCUUGUUCAUGGGAAAAUCCAUAGGGGACCCAGAAUACGCACCUGUGAAAGGAACAACUUUUAGCCAACUAUUCCAUUUCAACACACUCCAUAAUUACCAUGCUGAAAUGGCCAAAACUCAUCCAACUUGCAGGCUUCUUGCUUUACAUGAAAGCGAUGUGUACACUGUAGAUACAAGAAAUGUUGAACACAUAUUGAAAACCAACUUUGAUAAGUACUCCAAAGGCAAGUAUGAGCAGGGCGUUCUGACUGAUCUUUUUGGUGAGGGGAUUUUUAAUGUUGAUGGUGAAAAGUGGAGGCAGCAAAGGAAGCUUGCUAGUUAUGAAUUCUCCACAAGAGUUCUUAGAGAUUUCAGUUGUUCUGUUUUUAGAAGGAAUGCUGCAAAGUUGGUCAGAGUUAUAUCAGGAUUUUCCCAUGAGGGUCAUGUUUUUGAUAUGCAAGACUUACUAAUGAGAUGCACUUUGGAUUCCAUAUUCAAAGUUGGGUUUGGAACAGAAUUGAAUUGCUUAGAGGGAUCGAGCAAAGAGGGAAGUGAGUUCAUGAAGGCCUUUGACGAGUCAAAUGCUUUAAUUUAUUGGCGCUAUGUUGAUCCAUUCUGGAGGAUCAAGAGGUUUCUUAACAUUGGUUGUGAAGCUACCCUUAAGCGAAAUGUGAAAUUAAUAGAUGAUUUCGUCCAUGGAGUAAUUAAUAACAAAAAAGCACAACUGGCAGUUCAGCAAGAUUCUAAUGUUAAAGAGGACAUACUAUCAAGGUUUUUGAUGGAGAGUAAGAAGGACCAAACAACUAUGACAGAUAAGUAUUUGAGGGAUAUAAUUCUGAACUUUAUGAUAGCUGGCAAGGACACAAGUGCAAACACUCUUUCAUGGUUCUUGUAUAUGCUCUGCAAGAAUCCUCUUAUAGAGGAAAAGAUUGCUCAAGAAGUGAGAGAUGUCACUUCUAGCCAUGAAAGUGAAUCCGACAUAGAUGAGUUCAUCGCCAAUUUAACAGAUGCCACUCUUGAUCAAAUGCAUUAUCUUCAUGCAGCAUUGACAGAAACCUUGAGAUUGUACCCUGCAGUUCCUACGGAUGGAAGGACUGCAGAGGCACCUGAUAUUCUUCCAGAUGGUCACAAACUGAAAAAGGGUGAUGGAGUGUACUAUUUGGCCUAUGGUAUGGGUCGCAUGUGUAACAUUUGGGGUGAAGAUGCUGAGGAAUUUCGUCCUGAAAGAUGGCUCAACAAUGGAAUUUUCCAACCUGAAUCUCCAUUUAAAUUCAUAGCUUUCCAUGCUGGACCUCGUAUUUGCUUAGGGAAGGACUUUGCAUACAGACAAAUGAAAAUAAUAGCAAUGGUUCUUCUUCAUUUCUUCAGGUUUAAACUGGCAAAUGGAACAAAAAAUGUGACUUAUAGGGUCAUGUUUACCCUUCACAUGGACAAUGGCCUCCCUCUAUGUGCAAUUCCAAGGUCAUGA